ACAUGUGUACCCGUUGAGAAACAUUUCAAACCUCAUUAAAACCUUUUUAUAAGGGUAAAAGGUAAAACAAAGCGUGUAAUCCAUAAAUAUAUGAAAUAAAUAAAUAAAAGUGUUUCCUUUCUCUAUUUUCCCAUUCCCUUCCUCACAUCAUCUCACUAAUUACCUUUCUGUUUCUGUUUCUCUGCAAUCUGAUCGAUGAAGUAUGAACCCUUUUUCUUUGUUUGUUUCUCUGUCUUGAUAAGUAAAAAGCUUUAACCCAUCACACCACACCACUCCUACUGUUGCUCACAUUCCUUAUCUACAAAUUCUGCUCAGGGUAUUUAAUAGCCUAGUCUCAUGUUUCUUGGGAACCAACCACAUCAUCUUUUACUCUUACUUAAAAGUUUCAAUCCCACCCAUUCCUAACAAAAACAUUAGAAAACGGUCAAUUUCUGCGUGAAGAAAGCUCUUUGUUUUGAUUUAAGAAUCCAAAUAUGGAUGAAUAUUGGAAGACAAGUGGUCAAAUACCAGCUUUUGGGAACUGGGAUUUCGCAAACGAGUUGCCAAUAACUCAGUAUUUCGAGAAUCCAAGACAAGCUGGUUUGACUCGUUAUAGUUCUUCAUCUGGUGAGACUGAUCCAUACAUGCAUGUAGAACAAGAUCUUUAUGCGGUUGAUUAUAAAAAACCAGUUGUAAAGGCGAUGAGAAUAAAAGAUACAAGGUACACGAAUGCUAUGGUUAAUGAUAAAGAAACAACAAUGAGAAAACAGUGGAAAGUGUACGAUGUAACCGAACAUCCCAGGAAACAGACAAUGAACAACAACAAGGUGUUACAUGUAAACGACGUCGUUCACAGUGGUCAUCAUCAGUUACCUUCCAAACAAGAUCCAAAACCAGUUGAUGAGGAUCUGUAUAAGAUACCUCCUGAGCUUCUUCGUACAACCAAACGGAAAAAAAUGCUGGGUUUCAUUUCCAAGUGCCUGGUUCCUGCUGCAUGCGUUUCAUGAAUGUCAAUGUCGAAGACAUCAUCAACCAUAUUUUAUUUGUAGGAUACAUUAUUUAAUGUUUAUGUCAUUUUUAUUAUUUAUUGAAAUUUUUUAAUUUUAAAUUGAAUUCUGUGACCAUUUGAAGUUUUGCAUGUUUGUAACGGUGUUGGUUGUGCAGUUUUCGUUUGCUAGUAAGAAGUAAGAACGAAUGAAUGUAGGAGUAUUGUUUUCCAAUUCUACCAUUUACUAACUAUCUAUGAUAAUAUUGGAUCAACCAAUUUUAAUAAGGAAUUUUAAUAAAAAUAUUAUUUUUUUCUCGUUUUUAUAUUACUUUAAUUUGUGUGAAAUCAACACUCUCCAUAUGUCUCUCUCUUCAUUUAUGGUUUUUAAAG